CGGACACCUAUCUUAGAAAGAAAAGGUUUUCUAUAGACUCACGACACAUCUCCACGUCCUUGCUGUCACUGAGACAACCUACUAAGAUAAGCAGACAUAAUGGGGAGUACUAUAGAGCUUGUCUUUUUCACCCAUCUAUCCCAUUCUCAAUCUCAUCAUCAUUAAUAUCUUCAUUUCUUCUAUCUAGUUUCUUCAUUUCUCUGUGAUUAUUUGUUCAUUGUUCAAUCAUAUAUAUGUUGAUGGCAGCUGCUUUGUUAUUUAAAAGGUCUAGGAGCUUAGUUCAGAAUAAGGUAUCCUUGUUGUUAGGAAUAGGAGGAUCAAGAUCAACAACAACUCCGCCACCAUUGAUUAACCAUCAUCGGUUUCGAUAUUCUUCUUCUCAGCCAUUUGUUGCAUCAUCAACGCGUUAUGAAUCCAGCAAAGCACAGGCACAGUUGGAAGAUUUUCAGCAACAUGAUGAUCAGGUCAUUGAUUUUCCUGGAGGAAAAGUUGCAUUCACUUCUGAAAUGAGAUUCAUUUCUGAUACAUCUCACAAGAGGGUUCCGUGCUAUCGAGUCCUUGAUGACAAUGGUGAACUCAUGACACACACCAAUCAUGUUCAGGUUAGCAAAGAAUUGGCUGUGAGGAUGUAUUCUGAGAUGGUCACUCUUCAAACAAUGGACAGCAUAUUCUAUGAGGUGCAGAGGCAAGGAAGAAUUUCCUUCUACCUCACCUCGAUGGGAGAAGAAGCUGUUAACAUUGCAUCAGCAGCUGCGCUUUCUUCUGAUGAUAUUAUCUUGCCUCAGUACCGGGAGCCUGGAGUUCUGUUAUGGCGUGGUUUUACGCUGCAACAAAUUGCUCAUCAAUGCUUUGGAAACACAAAUGAUUUAGGUAAAGGAAGGCAAAUGCCUAUACACUACGGCUCUAACAAGCACAAUUACUUCACAGUCUCAUCUCCCAUUGCAACACAACUUCCUCAAGCUGUAGGCGCUGCUUAUUCGCUUAAAAUGGAUGGCAAAAAUGCAUGUGCGGUCACUUUUUGUGGGGAUGGUGCUACUAGUGAGGGAGAUUUUCAUGCUGGUAUGAAUUUUGCAGCAGUAAUGGAAGCACCAGUUAUUUUUAUCAUUCGUAACAAUGGAUGGGCUAUCAGUACCCCUGUCGAAGACCAAUUUCGGAGUGAUGGUAUUGUGGUGAAAGGUCAAGCUUAUGGCAUAUGGAGUAUAAGAGUAGAUGGAAAUGAUGCUCUUGCUGUUUAUAGUGCAGUUCAUACUGCACGCGAAAUUGCUAUAAAAGAACAAAGACCAGUUUUAAUUGAGGCUCUCAGUUAUAGAGUAGGACACCACUCUACAUCCGAUGAUUCGACCAAGUACCGACCAAUUGAUGAGAUUGAAUAUUGGAAAAUGGAAAGAAGUCCUGUGAAUAGAUUCAAAAGAUGGGUGGAAAGGAAUGGUUGGUGGAGUGACAAGGAUGAAUUAGAGCUUAGAAGCAGUGUCAGGAAGCAGUUAAUGCAUGCGAUUCAAGUGGCUGAGAAAGCACAAAAACCUCCACUUGAGGACUUAUUUACUGAUGUAUAUGACCAACUUUCAUCAAACCUUGAGGAGCAAGAAAAACUACUUAGAAAAGCCAUUGAGAAGCAUCCCAAAGAUUACCCUUCUGAUGUUCCUUUGUAGAUAUAUUGCUAAUUAAAAUAACCAUUCACUGUCAGAAUGUAAAAUAAAGUUGGCAGUUACAUUGCAUAUUCUUCUGAUUUAUUUUUAUUUCAACA